GACGGCGAGCAUGGAGGAGGCAGUGAAGACAAUUCCAUCAAACUAUCAACCAGGAAGAUAGCGAAAUGUCUACUGAUCAGCUUAUCCUCUACCAUUAUCCCCCCUCCCCAUGGGCCCAAAAGAUCACCAAUUUCCUUGCUGUUUCUGGCACCUCGUACACAGAAUGUAAGCAACCUAUGGUCAUGCCACGUUCGGACCUAUCGUUGCUUGGGAUCAGUUAUCGCCGGAUCCCGUUGAUUGCGGUCGGGAAAGAUGUGUACUGCGAUACGAGGUUGAUCCUGGAUCGGUUGGUUGGGGGGAUGGGACAAGUCCCUGUCGAGGGUGUUAAGGACUUGGACAGGUGGAGGGCUAAUGCCGGCUUGGCUCGCGGCUUGGAGUUUUGGAGUGGGACCAAGAUUUUCCCGAUCGCACCGCUGACUUUUCCUCCCUCCUUCCCUAUCUUCAAGAACAAGCAGUUCUUGAAAGAUCGGGAGGCCUUUUCAGGGCGCUCGUGGCAGCCGGAGCAUUUGGCCAAGGUUCGUCCGGGUGCGCUGGCGGAGUUUAAGGCGUAUGUGGACAUUAUCGAAAAUGAGGUGCUUGCAGAUGGACGUGACUGGGUGCUGGGAACAGAGAACUGCGGGAUGGGUGAUGUUCAGUUGAGCUGGGUGGUUGAUUGGGUAAUCAAUGGGUUGGGCGCGACGAAGGGGUUGAUCGACCAGGAUACGCACCCGAAGACUUGUGCGUGGUUGUCGCGAUUCAGGAAGGCCGUUACGGACGGUACUGCGACUAUCAAGCGCACCUCGAUUAAAGGCGAGGAAGCUAAAGCCAAGAUUUUGGCGUCCAACACAUUCGCGGAUGUUCAACACGACAAAAAUGAUCCGCAGCUUGGCGAUUGCGUUGGACAGGACGUCAGUGUCGUGCCAGAGGAUACUGGAAGGUCUCAUCCUCAGGUUGGAAAGUUGGUUGCUGCUAACUCAGGAGAGGUUGUGGUAGAGGUGCAGGUCCCUAGUGGUGAGGGGGCAAUCAGGGUGCACUUUCCGAGGAUUGGGUUUAGGGUUGUGAAGGGUGGAAAGGACGCCAAGUUGUGAGGUUCCUGUGGCUAUGUUUUGACAACCUGAGGCAGGAUAGGACAAUAUCGCUAG